AGCAGACUUCCCUUUGCAUAUACGGCAGUUGCGACAGCGAUUAUACACACAUUUACGAUUUGUACUCAGCCAUUGUGUGCAGAGACAGCAAAACCAACCUGUCUUGUGGGUUUAGGUAUGUUAAUUUGACACACCGUCAACAUGUGCUAAACGCCCUGAAUGCUCUGAUUGAGCUCACUGGCAAACCAAUCCGUCUCAUGUGGGCCGAAACUGAUUCCACUCUGAGAAAAAGUGUAAUCGGUAAUAUAAUUAUUAAGGGCCUAGCAAAGGACAUCAACAACCUUGCAUUAUCCAGGACUUUCUCUGGCUUCAGGAAAAUCCUAUCGAGCAGAGUGGUGUGUGACAGUAACAAAGAACAGAAAGGCUAUGGUUUCAUCCAUUACACCACACUCAAGGCCGCUGGAUUAGUCAUUAAGAAGCUGGAUGGGACGCUGCUCAGUGGCUAUCUAGUAUCCAUAUGCCAUUUUAAGACACACAAGGAACACCAGGCAGAGCAAAAGAGCAGCUCCAAACCUCCCCAGAAGAAAGACUUCAGUCUUUAUGUCCAAAACAUGCCGUACAGCUUGGGCAGUGAGGAGCUGGGCACUCUAUUCUCUGCUUUUGGAGAAGUCACCAGUGCAACGGUGAUCAAGAAGAAAAGACGCAGCAUGGGUUAUGGUUUUGUGACAUACUCAUCGCUCGAUGAUGCUGUUAUAGCCACAUCUGUAAUGAAUGGCUAUAUUGUUGGCAACAGGCCAUUGAGAGUCACUUUCUCCCAUAGUGCAGAGAAAACAAGACAAAUAGAGCAGCCCAUAAAUGCCACUUUCUGUCGCAGAAGAGCAGGAUAUGAAAGAACAAGAGCAGAUUGAACAAUCAGAGCAAUGAAAAAAAAAAAAAAACUACUGCUAAUGCUGGAAGAAAAAAGUAGAAAAAACAAACCAUGUCCCUGGAGCAUAGAAAUGCUGAACCCAAUCCCUGAUGCAAAA